UGUUUCUAGCUUACGCACAGGAAACGAAACAUUUCUUGGCGUCUUGUUUGACAACAUGAGCUAGCUAUGUAUUAGCUAGCUACACUAAAGUUAUUAUAUUAAAAUAACAGAAAAGGCACUUGGACGUAUGAGUGGUGAUUUAAAAAAUAAUACACGCUAGCUCAGGAUGCCAGCCCGCAGCAGUGUGACAAGUGGGAUCCCCAACAGUAAAGUGAAGUACUCCAAGCUAGCGGACAGUGAUGACGGCUACAUAGACUUGCAAUUUAAAAGGAGCCCACCCAAAGUUCCAUAUAAGGCUAUUGCGCUGGCUACAGUCCUUUUCCUGAUUGGCUCCUUGCUGAUUGUCAUCGGAGCACUUCUUUUAACAGAAUAUAUUGAAGUCUCGCACCCAGAUCGCACUGUGCCUGUUCUUAUAAUCGGAGUCCUUGUGUUCCUUCCUGGGUUUUAUCACCUGAGGAUCGCCUACUAUGCAUCAAAGGGUUACCGUGGUUACUCCUAUGAUGAUAUCCCCGACUUUGACGAUUGAGCCAAUCGCAGGCCAAGUCGCUAGUGCUCUAGACCACAAUGAACAAGGUCUUGGUUUCCUUUGUCACAUGACAACUGCAUGGAAUACCUUCAGAAUUUUGAGUUGAAAGCUUUACACAAAGCAUCACAACACAUUGUACAAUUAAGAAAAAAUUACAAUUAUGAGAAGAAUAUGCAGUAGCAUUUAGUAUUUCAGGUAGAUGAAGCUAUUUUGUCGCUUGUAACAUCUAGACCCAAAUACAGAAAUCUACUUUGCUUAUAUUGCAUUAUUUUAUCAUUUUGGAUUAUAAACAAAUUAUUGUAGUGUAUUUUGUUCCUGUAUUAUUACUUGGGAGAAUUUAAAAUAUUGAUUUUUACUUUGAUUAAAAAUACACAGCAGAAAACCUUUUUUUUUCUCUGUAGGUAUUUUUCCACCUGUCUCAUGUGUUGUGUGUAAUAAUGGGAUAUAUUUGGGAUGUAAUUGACAGUGGGUUCUCUGUGCAUUGGGCCACCAGGUCUUCUGUGUGGGUCUUCUACCUGAACGAACCAGGUGCCACCUGCUUUCUUGUGUUUUCUUGUGUAUCUUAGUUCCCUAAAGGAGUGUCUUACGUGAUUAGUGACAAGCCACUGAAGUUCAUAAGGAGCACACUUCACCCUUGUAAGUAAAUGGUUCUAGGAUGGAGCUUUGGACACCUUGGCCGAAUGAACAGCAGUCUCCUUUAGCUUUUACAUUCUCACGGUAUAUUGUCAGGUGGCUUCAGUAAGUUGUUAAGCGCAUGGUAGGCUUGUGCAAUUUCGGGUUUUGUUUACAGUCCGUCUCAUGAGUUGCCCUGGUCUCCCACUGUGUUAUUGGGCUGUUGAGUGGAACACUUGUGCUAUUUAUUAACUACUUUAAUGAGACCAAAGAUCUUUGUAUGUUUCAGGAUAGGUGAUUCAGGAUAGUUUUUUCCCCCCCAAGUAAUAUGUAUAUACAUACAUUUGCAUACAUUUUCAAAGGGCAGUAGACUACACAAAUUGUGCAAUUUGUUUUUAUUUUGCUGUAUUGAAGCCCUAACUUAAUAUAUGAAUCAAUUAGGUUUAAUUUAACUUUUUCCUGUGUUUUCUUGUUUUGUAACAUUCCAAAAACAUUGUUUCGAACCCCUUGCUUCCUCUCGUAUGAAGCAAAUGUGGAUAAUUUAAUUGAAAAUAAAAAGUGUGUUUUAUGUUCAGGCUGCCGGUGCCAAUGCAGUACUAAGCUGUCUGUGUAUCAGCGCCUCUGGAAGGCUCACACACACCCUUGGACCCCUGUCUGAUCUGAGACAUUCAACAAUAAAAACAAAUGAACAGA